GCUGCUGUUGCUUUCGAAAGGCUGCAAAACACUCGCUCGCUCACGUCUUUUGGGACUCGCUUCCCGGAUUUCGAGUCUUCUUCCGUCGCACCGAAUUUAUUCCUCUACCCCACCGACAUGUGGACUAGAUGAUACGCCCGUGAGGCCCUAUUUGCUGUGAUCAAGAUACCUCGACGGCCGGAUUAUGGGAUUACUUCUUUCAAAACUUUGGAACUUUUUUGGAAACGAAGAACAUAAAAUCGUGAUCGUCGGCUUGGACAAUGCUGGCAAGACGACGAUUCUCUACCAGUUCCUAAUGAACGAGGUUGUCCACACGUCGCCGACGAUCGGUUCGAACGUGGAGGAGGUGAUGUGGAAGAACAUCCACUUCAUCAUGUGGGACCUGGGCGGGCAGCAGAGUCUGCGCGCCGCCUGGAGCACCUACUACACCAACACAGAGUUUGUCAUCCUGGUGGUGGACUCGACGGACCGCGAGCGGCUGGCUGUGACCCGCGAGGAACUCUAUCGCAUGCUGGCCAACGAGGAGCUGGCGUCCGCGGCCGUGCUCAUCUUCGCCAACAAGCAGGACCUCAAGGGGUCGAUGAGCGCCGCCGAGAUCAGCAAGCAGCUCGACCUGACUUCGAUUAAAAAGAACCAGUGGCACAUACAGUCGUGUUGCGCCCUCACAGGAGAAGGACUUUACCAAGGACUGGAGUGGAUCUGUAGUCAACUGAAGAAAAAGUGAAGUGUUAAAACGAACUGGUGCUUUUUGCAGAGACAUUUCCAUUGUAUGUGUGUGAUCAUCAUUCCCCAAAUAAAUCCAAAUAUUUUAUUCUGUAAA